GGGUAGUGAUUUGGAUGGUCCCUCGUACGUGAUUCGAAUCCCUGGUCACCUACGCACUUACCCUGUGUUUCACGCCACAAAGCUUGCACCUUUCGCUGAGACACAACAAUUCCCAUCAAGGAGAUCAAUGCUGCCGCCAACCAUGGAUGGUCACGUGGAUAUCCUGAAACACAGAGACAUGCCUGUUCCCAAGCCAGCUGGCCGAGGAAGACCGCCUAAACCUAUGAGAGAGUACAGGUCUGUGAACACCGGCACCUCUCAAGUACCGCAUCAGUUCAGACUGAUGUUGACGGAACAGGACACCGGGGCACUGCCACGACGCAGUGCCAGGAUCCCAGUUCGUGCCCGCCCUGCGGUACCUCCAAGACUCAAGAGAUUCAGCAGACGGACGACUCCAGCGGCAUCAAGUACGGCAUUGAUAGUGCAAGACACCACCGGAGAUUUUCCCGCAUGCCCGGUCCGAGAGGCCAGCGAUUCUUGGGCUGACUAUCGUGGGCGGCUACAGGCAUUUACAGACGCCGUAGCCGCCGCCGAGGCUCAGCAGGCUGCGGCAGAGGCAGAACGUCAGCGGCUGGCCAAUGAGGCGGCAGCCGAAGCUCAGCGGACAGCUGAGACUGACGAAGUGGCACGAAACAGACGGAAUGCCGCCAGCACGGAGUCCCUGAUUGCUAGUGAGCAUCAGUGGACAACGGUACUCCAAGGCAUGAUCUUUGUGCCUACGGAAAMGCAGGCGGAGCCGACACAGGCGGAGGCAGAGAGAAGUAACCUGGCUACCGCACACCUGCACGCGGAUCGUCAGCAAAGACAGCAGUACCAGCAAGACCUGGCCGCGGUAACGGCCGACGUCCGCGACGCAGCAGUGCAGCAGCAACAACAGCAACAGUUGAUGAACUCUACCAUCGCACGCAUCAACGGCAUUGAGGCCAAGGCCUCAGCAGCGCCAGGCUGCACGACGGACGCGACGAAGCAAAUCAAUGAACGCAUCGAUCACGUCGUCACCAUCAUCGGCGACAUAGGUGUUUUCAACGGACCGGACACGAUCAGUAGCACGGUGGCCGCCCUCAAGACGGACAUCACCAAGCUACAGACGAGACCGGACGCCGCUACAAAGACAUUCAAGAUGCCGCACUUCGACAUCUGCAAGUUCGACGACUACAACAAGUCGGACGCUUUGACAUGGUGGCAACGUUUCCUCACGGAAGCGUCAUGCCGCACUGUCCUGGCGAAUGACAUGUUGAACGCACUCUAUUUGCAAUUGAUUGGAGGAGCGCAGGCAUGGAUGAACCACCAGGCGGCCACCCACAAGUGCACCAUCGCCGAACUCCACACGCACAUCACGUGGAAGGAGUUCGAGCAGCUAUGGUUCACCCGGUUCAUGGUCCGCAACGUCGUGAAAGCGGCCAUGAAUGAGGUGUACACAUGCUCUCAGGGGAACAUGCCAACUCGAGACUGGACAACGAAGUGGCAAAAGAUAAUUAACAUCGUGGACGGCAAAAUGCAGUACUUAUUUGACGAGGACGGACGACGAUACUUGGAUGCAUUUGCAGGAAUCGUUACUGUCAGUGUUGGCCAUUGCCAUCCUGAGGUAGUAGAGGCAAUUGAAGCCCAAAAUAAACUUGUACAGCAUACUACCACAAUUUAUCUGAACCAUCGGAUUGCUGAUUACGCAGAAGCUCUUGCUGAGAAGAUGCCUGGAGACCUGAAGAUGGCUGGUAACAACAACAAUCAGGAUGAGAGAAGCAAUGACAUUCGGGAGCUUGCAAGGAUUAUCCAGCAGUCCCAAAAGGAUCAAAUCCCGAAGGUCGACGUUCCCUUAUUCGAUGGUAACAACGCCUCGGGAUGGGCAGAAAUGUUCGAGCAAUUGAGAAGUUGCUGCGAAUGGUCGAAUGAAAAGAUGCUGCGAAUGGUGAAGAGAUACUGCAAGAUCCAGUACAAGGAAGAGGUGGAGGAGUUGGUACAAGAUUCGAUGGACUGGGCAGAAUUCAAAAGGAAGCUGCUAGAAAAGUACCAGUUGAGCGAUCAACUGUUGGACUUGACCGAUUUGAGGAAGGUUAGUCGGAAAAGUUUUGGUACAACAAAGCAGUUCCUUACUGAAUUCGAGCGGGUGGCAAGGUUAGUUCCUGAGCUUCCAGAGAAAGAUCGUUGCCUCAUCUUCCUGGAUAAUUUCACGGAAGUGGAGCAGCUAAAAUUGACGAGAAAAGGAAGAAAAACCUCACAAUCGCAGCCUGCGCCAGGAGAAAGUUCAAAGGAACCUCAGGAAAAAGAACCUAUUCAGAUAGAAGAAGGGGAUGAUGAUGAGGAAGAUGAAAGAUUGCGAGCAGAGGAUGAACUGCUAGCAAAGCAAAGAGCUAUGGAAAGGGCGUCGGAAGCAGGGAAGACCCAGGUCGAGGAAGAAGAACCUCGCAAAAAGAAGAACGUGUACUCAAUUCCUGUUGAACAAGGGAUUGAUUUUGAACAGCUGGUGGAUCGUAUUCUGGAAAGUCAGCGUGAUCUGGUUACCUUAAAGGAGAUUCUUGCAGUAUCGCCAAAGCUUCGCGAGGAAUUCAAGCAACGCAUGACUCGGAAGAAAGUCAUGACAAUUAAGCUGAGUGAGAUUAUCCCUCCAGAAGCUAACUGGGCACCUCCUGGCACAAAGAUGGACUGACGAUGCGUGGCCACAGGCCUCAUAAAAGUUCGAAUCGGCCGUGGAGAGUUUUCGGCUCUCAUAGACGAUGGGGCUGAAAUGAACAUUAUGAGGGAGA